AAAGGUCAGGCGCCGCGGCACUUCCAACAUGGCGGCGUCCGGGGCGGCGGCGGCGGCGCGCAGCCCGGGAGCCCCGGCGGGGACGGCGGCCCGAGCCCGGCGCCCGCCUUCGGGGCGGCCCGCGCGGCUGCCCCCGCUGCUCGUCCUGCUGGCGGCGGCGGCGGCGAGGCCGGGCACGGGCGGCGCGGCGCUGUACCGCGCGGGCGAGGACGCCGUGUGGGUGCUGGACAGCGGCAGCGUGCGCGCCGCCACGGCCAACAGCUCGGCCGCGUGGCUGGUGCAGUUCUACUCGUCGUGGUGCGGCCACUGCAUCGGCUACGCGCCCACCUGGCGGGCCCUGGCCGGGGACGUGCGAGACUGGGCCGCCGCCAUCCGCGUCGCUGCCCUGGACUGUGCGGACAAAAGUAACCACGAGGUGUGCCAGACCUACGACAUCCACUUCUACCCCAGCUUCCGGUAUUUCAGAGCAUUUACAAAGGACUUUACAACUGGCGAAAACUUUAAAGGGCCUGACCGAGAGCUGCAGACGGUGAGACAAGCCAUGAUUGACUUCCUACAGAACCACACGGACGCAAACAGGCCUCCCGCCUGCCCGGCUUUGGACCCUAUUCGGCCCAGUGACGUUCUUUCUCUCAUUGACAACCACGAGGGCUGCUACGUGGCUAUUCUGUUUGAGAGCAACAGCUCGUAUGUUGGACGUGAGGUGAUCCUGGACCUGAGUCCUUACGAGAACAUCGCGGUGAAGAGAGCGCUGGACAGCGACGCGGCCUUUCUGGAGAAGCUUGGCAUCUCUUCCGUUCCUUCCUGUUACCUGGUUUACCCAAACGGGUCCCACGGGUUAAUUAACAUCAUGAAGCCUCUUCGGUCAUUUUUUUCCUCUUAUUUGAAGUCGUUGCCAGAUGUGAGGAAAAAAUCGCUUGCAUUGCCGGAAAAGCCAAGCAAAGAACAAAAUUCUGAAGUUGUGGUGUGGAGAGAGUUUGACAGGUCAAAACUGUACACGGCAGACCUGGAGUCGGGGCUGCACUACCUCCUGAGGGUGGAGCUGGCCACCCACAGGACACUGGCUGGGGCCGAGCUGAAAACACUCAAGGACUUCAUUACUAUCGUUGCCAAGCUGUUCCCCGGCCGCCCGCCCGUCAGGAAGCUGCUGGAGAUGCUGCAGGAGUGGCUGGCCAGCCUCCCCCUGGACCGGGUGCCCUACAACGCCAUCCUGGACCUGGUCAACAACAAGAUGCGGAUUUCUGGAAUAUUCCUCACUAAUCAGAUAAAGUGGGUUGGAUGUCAAGGAAGCCGCCCGGAGUUGAGGGGCUACACGUGUUCUCUCUGGAAGUUGUUCCACACGCUCACUGUUCGGGCCGGGACCCACCCAGGCGCGUUGGAUGGCACAGGUUUCGAAGACGACCCCCAGGCGGUGCUGCAGACCAUCCGGCGGUACCUGCUCACCUUCUUCGGCUGUAAAGAGUGUGGGGAGCAUUUUGAGAAAAUGGCUAAAGAGUCCAUGGAUUCCGUGAAAACCCCAGACCAAGCAAUCCUCUGGCUUUGGAAGAAGCAUAACCUCGUGAACAGCCGCCUGGCAGGCCACCUGAGCGAGGACCCCAGGUUCCCCAAGGUGGCGUGGCCCACUCCGGACCUCUGCCCCGCCUGCCACGAGGAGCUGAGGGGCCUGGACAGCUGGGACGAAGACCAGGUUCUCCUGUUCCUGAAGCAGCACUACAGCAGCCACAACCUCGUGCACACGUACGCCGCAGCCCUGGGUGGCACGGGCGAGGCCGAGGAGCCAGAGGGAGGCCGGGCCAACCCAGAGAGGCCUGGAGACCGCGGGGCCGAGAGCCUGCACCCGCCCGGGGCCCUGCCGCCCACACCUCGCCCCUCAGAGGGGUCGCACCUGGGACCAGCCAGGCCUGAGGGCCGCAGGGAGGUGGAGGCGGCUGCACCCUUCCUGGGGAUGGGCUUCUCCAGCCUGGACAUGAGCCUCUGCGUCCUGCUCUACGUGGCCUCCUCCAUGUUCCUGAUGGUGAUGUUCUUCUUCUUCCGAGUGCGGUCCCGGCGGUGGAAAGUCCGGCACCGCCAUCCGUCCGUGUAGAGCUGAGCAGCCCGCCCGCGCCUGCGGCUGUAACGUUUCUGAUCGGGAAUGACAGGCGGGGGGCCUGCUCCCCGCUGAUGGCAGCUGUGGUCCCAGAGCUGGGGCCUGUGUGCGCUCCCGGCCUUCACAGGCCGUGGACGCCUCUGACAAAUCCACAGCAAAGCGACGUCUAUGUUUUUACUCUUCUAGGUCUGAAAACGGGAGUGGGGUGUCCAGGCCAAAAAGAAGGUUUUGCACCCACUUCCCUCAAGUUUACUGGGCUCCACAUCCAUUGUGCACGGCCUCCUCUGGAGAUUUGGAGAAAAACCCAGCCCUUCCCCAUGGAGGCUAAGGGGUGACUGAAUGCAGCCAGGGAUACCCCCGCCCCCCCACACCCCCGCCAUGGGGGGUAGACUUGGUGUGGGGAGGGAGGGUGGUGCUCGUCUUACUCUUCAGGGACAGUGCCUUGGCCUGUUGGUUGUUACUCUGGUGAUGAGAGCUCAGUGCGUGAGGGCCACCCAGGCUGCCUGUCCCCGGCAGUCAGGAGACUGUGAGCCCGAGAGCAGAGCUUCUGCCUGGGCCCCUGCCAUCCAGCACCCACAGCCCUCCUGAGCCACUGCCCAGAGCCAGCGCGGGUGGUGCACGGGGUCUCGCUGGCAUCUCUAAGGCCAAACUUCAUUUGCCUGAAGGUGUUUUACACAGGUCCUGGCACAGGGCCUGGCACAGGGCUUUGGUGGUUAAUUAUUUACCAUUUAAUGGUUUUAACACAUUAUUU